CUGAGAGGGAAAAGCUCCCCUUUAACAACACUAAGAGACUUCCUCUGAGUUUAACGCAGGAUAAUUAUAAUGUAAUACAAGAUAUGACACCAGUGUUAGGACACAGGCAGGAAACAUCAAUGUCCAUAACCUUUAGACAAACCAAUGGUGACCAAAUGCAUUGUACAUUCUUUGACCCAAGCUUGUGUUUGAUGAAAAUACAUUGAGCUGCUGCGAAAAAAUAAAGUCCUACCUACUGACUACUGGUUAUUCUGAAUGAUAAGACCUUAAAAAGACUCAGCAUAGUGUACAGGUAGCCAUACGUUCAGUGAUGUUCAGUGAUGUUCAGUGUUAAGGGGAGAGGGCGAGGUGGAGAGGAGGAUCCUGUGUAGGGGCAAUGACAGGGGUGGACGUCAGUGGAAGGAUAGUUCCCAAAUCAGGAUUUCGCCCGGACUUUGGACCUGUUGGGACUGAGGGGAACGGAGACGCAGCCUGGUUAGAUCCUGCUGGAGCGUUCAUCAUGUGGCUUCGUGUUCUCUUUCUUUCACUAAGUGUCUGUUGUGGUCAUAUCGCCUCAGUGUUCUUGGGGCGGGACCAGGCUCACGCCCUCCUGAUCAGACCCAGACGGGCCAACUCUGGCUGGUUUGAGGAGCUGAAAAAGGGAGACCUGGAACGAGAGUGCAUUGAGGAAAAGUGUUCCAAAGAGGAGGCGAGGGAGGUGUAUGAGCAUGAAAAAGCCACGGAGGACUUCUGGCAAAACUACAAUGUUGUAGACGGCUGCCUGUCCGCUCCCUGCCAGAACAGAGGAUACUGCUCCAGCGUAUCAGGAAAGACCCCCUCUUACACCUGCCUUUGCCGGCCGGGUUUCAGUGGAAGGAACUGUGAGCUAGUAUUCAAAGCCAUUCCUGAAUCUUGCUUGCAUGAGAACGGGGGCUGUGAGCACUUCUGCGAGGAAGUGGUGGGCAGACGCAACUGCUCGUGUGCUGAUGGCUACUUCCUGGGAGCUGAUGGACAGCGUUGCCUGACACAAGAAAGAUUUCCCUGCGGAAAGGUUCCUGUUCUUAACGGCAGCACCUCAGAGAAGGCAACCGGCCCACUGAGCCCCAAGUCACGCAUCGUGGGCGGAAACGAGUGCCCCAAAGGGCACUGCCCCUGGCAGGUGUUGUUAGUGAGUAAUAAGAAGGGCUUCUGUGGAGGAGUCAUCUACAAACCCACCUGGAUCCUCACAGCAUCUCACUGCUUGGUGAAUAUCAAGGCCCAACAGUUUCAGGUGGUGGCAGGGGAACAUGACACAGAAAUAGAAGAGGGUACCGAACAGACGAUAGACAUUGCAGAGGUCAUCAUGCACAAGAGCUACGUGCACGCAACGGCAGACAACGACAUCGCCCUCUUACGUCUGAAGAAGCCCAUCAUUUUCACACCUUUCGCUGUGCCUAUCUGCCUGCCCACGCAACUCAUGGCAGUGCGUGAUCUCUGGGCGGUCCACCUCCACACGGUGAGUGGCUGGGGCCGGCGCAGCGAAAACGGGCCCACCUCACGUCUCCUUCGGCGGUUGGAUGUGCCACGUAUCCGCAGCCAGGAGUGCGUGGAGAAGAGCGGCGUCAUGCUAACGACUAACAUGUUCUGCGCCGGCUAUAUCGAGGGCAAGCAGGACUCUUGUAAAGGGGAUAGCGGCGGACCACUAGUGACUCUCUACAGAGACACCACAUUUCUGUUGGGCAUCGUCAGCUGGGGGAAGGGCUGCGCCCAGCCUGGGAAUUAUGGGAUAUACACCCGCGUCUCCAACUACCUGGAUUGGAUUCAUAACUACACGUCAAAGCAGCCGACAAUGCAGAGCCAGAAUGCAGCGGCUGUUUUAGAUAGCCCCACAGUCAUCCCGAAAAAUACCAGGGCCACUCUGAAACACACCAUGGCCGAUCUUAAAGCUAUCACAGACACCCCGAAAAACACCACGGCCAAUCUUAAAGCUAUCACAGACACCCCGAAAAACACCACGGCCAAUCUUAAAGCUAUCACAGACACCCCGAAAAACACCACGGCCAAUCUUAAAGCUAUCACAGACACCCCGAAAAACAUAACGGCCAAUCUUAAAGGUAUCACAGACACCCCGAAAAACACCACGGCCAAUCUUACAGCUAUCACAGACACCCCGAAAAACACCACGGCCAAUCUUAAAGCUAUCACAGACACCCCGAAAAACACCACGGCCAAUCUUAAAGCUAUCACAGACACCCCGAAAAACAUACCGGCCAAUCUUAAAGCUAUCACAGACACCCCGAAAAACACCACGGCCAAUCUUAAAGCUAUCACAGACACCCCGAAAAACACCACGGCCAAUCUUAAAGCUAUCACAGACACCCUGAAAAACACCACGGCCAAUCUUGAAGCUAUCACAGACACCCCGAAAAACAUAACGGCCAAUCUUAAAGCUAUCACAGACACCCCGAAAAACACCACGGCCAAUCUUGAAGCUAUCACAGACACCCCGAAAAACACCACGGCCAAUCUUAAAGCUAUCACAGACACCCUGAAAAACACCACGGCCAAUCUUGAAGACAACACGGCGACCCCAAAAAACACCAGGGCCAAUUUUGAAGACAACACGGCGACCCCAAAAAAGACCACAGCCAAUCUUGAAGCUAUCACAGACACCCCAGAAAACACCAAAGCCAAUCUUGAAGCUAUCACGGACACCCCAGAAAACACCACGGCCACAGUUAAGAACACCAUAGCCAACCUGAGAAACAUCACAGAUAAUCACCAUGUAGUGUUGAAUCUCACAGGAGAGGAGUCCAGUACCACAUUGGAUCCAAAUUGAUAUCAUGUCAUCUCUGAGCCAUUUUGAUUGCUCUGAUCAUUCUAUUUAUAUUUAUCCGGUUUUCAUUGCUUCAACUUCACUUCCUAAUGUUUUCUGUUAGAUUUUAUUCUGAUUAAAAUAAAAAUUUUGGUUACACUUCA